AUAAGAAGAAGCAGGCAUAGCGGGCAAAACAUGUGUUCACGCAAAAUCGAUGGAUGAUAAACGUUAAGAAAUUGUCGAAAGUACAAGACAACGUAUCGCAACCAAAGUUAACAACAAAAUUUAUUGAUUUUUAAACAACAAUUACGCGCUGUACUGAACUGUUCGGUGCUGUGCUCUCAUUGCGUCGUUCGACUGAAAAAGUGCAAAUUAUAAAUAGCUGGCAACAAAAAUGGGCAUUACAGAAACGCCGAAAACAGCAGCAGCAACAACAACAACUACAAUUGCGAUUGCAGCAACAACAGCAGCAGCAGGAACAACAACAACGACAGCGGCUAGUGAAAAUAAACAAAUUCUGACGUUGGAUAUAUUUCAGGAGAUAUUCAAGCAUGUCGAGCCGGAUGUGCAAAUCGAAACUUUCGAGCUAACGCAAGGCUCGGACCGGGGUGAUAACUAUACGGCAGCACUGUAUCGCAUCAAGUUGAAUGGACAGCGUCACAGUUUGGAUGGCGGCGAACACAAAUGGGAGCAGAACGUCAUCUGCAAGGUGCUGCCAGAGAGUGUUGUCCAACGUGAGGCCUACAAGAGCGAUAGGCUAUUUCGCAAUGAAGUGGAAUUUUAUACCUCUAUUAUGCCGGAGCUACUUAAAUUUCAAGCCACCAAAACAGGUGUAGAAGCGCCUCUGUUCAAUGCCUUACCCAAGUGCUAUACAGCACGACAUGAUCUGCUCAUAAUGGAGGACCUGCGUGUGCGUGGAUUUGAAAUGUCGGAUCGCCUCAAGGGGCUUAGCAUCGAGGAGACGCAGACGGUACUGCUGCAAGUGGCUCAGUUGCAUGCGCUGAGCUUAGCAUAUAAAUUUGAGCAUCCGCUGGAGUUUAACAAGAUGUGUAGUCUGAUUAGUGAGGGCAUUUUCUGCACGGCAAAUACCAGUUGGUAUCGCAACUAUUAUGAGCGUCUCACAAAGAAUGCCAUUAAAAUGGUUUCCGAUGUGCUGCCUGCGGAUUCAAAAUAUAUCCAUGCAUUGUGUGACUUUGCGGAGAGUUCAUCUUUCUUUGGCCAAAUGGUUGAAUUGGCCAGCGCCGAAUCACCUUUAUCAGCUAUUUGUCAUGGCGAUUGUUGGGUGAAUAAUUUCUUAUAUCGCUACGAUCCGGAAGAUCGACAACAGGUGCUCGAGGUGGCGUUGUUGGACUUUCAACUAGUGCGUUACAGUUCCAUUGCCUUGGACAUUGCCAAUCUGUUGUAUUGUUGCACCACAAAGGAAAUGCGUGACGCUCAGCUGGAGACGAUGCUCAAAAUCUACACGGAGGAAUUGUUCAGAUGGCUGGAAAUACUGUGCACUGAAUUACCUGAGCAUUGCAAUACGCUAGAAAAGUUUCAGGAACUAUUUGCCCAGGAACUGAAAGCCUAUGGACGAUUUGCUCUGGGUCUGGCAAUGGAUAUUAUACCCAUUAGCACAUGUUCUUCGGAGGAUGCUCCGGACAUGUAUUUGAAUCGAAAUGACGACCUCGAUAAGGAUGAAGGAGCGCCAACUUUGAAUUUUCCGCCCAACGAUCUGUGUAGACAAAAGAUGUCCGAAAUUGUCGUUGAUAUGGUUGACAGAGAUAUGCUCUAAACGGCUAAAGCACAAAUUUCUUUAAAAACACCCGAUGCUUAGAUUUGCUUCUGCUCCCGAAUCUCUCACACACAACACACGAUAUUAAUACCUAAUAAUACUUUUAGUUAUGCUCAAUUUGUAGGAAAUAUUUUCAAUUGUAUGUAUAAUUUAAUAUAGUUCGAUGGGACGAGAAGUUUUAGGUUAGCAUAGACAAACAAUUGUGAACACUAGAAGAACACUAAUUACACACAAUAUGUAAACUGUUUCCCGUUUCGUUCGUGUUUCUCUAGCAGCCAACUUAAAACUUUGAAAAUGUGAAUUGUAUUGAAUUAAUCUAGGUACAUAACAUAGAUAUAUUUAAAUGCAGACAAUAGUUCCACACUUGUCGAGUUUUUUUCUAAAAACUAUUGUUUUUACACAUGAAGCAAUAAAUGACAUACGAAUGAUAAA